AUGGAUAGACGCACCCCCUACACCCUGAGUGUUCUCGAGUCCAGCACUAAUGGCGCUGAGGACUCUCGCUCUUUCACCCAAACUCGUCUGCGCGAUUUCGUGCUACAAUUCCAGCUGGAUAAUGCAUUCAUUUACCGAGCUGACCCAUCCAUCCAUUAUGGCAGCGACCAAUUACGACACAAUGUGCUCGGAAAGAAUUACUACUGCGACAUUGAUAUCGCCCACCUAAUUUCCUACAACGAGGAUUUGGCGCACAAGCUCACAUCAGAGCCCGCCGAUAUCAUUCCUCUGUUUGAAGCGGCGCUCCAGGAAUGUACGAAACGAAUCGUCUUCCCCGGCCAGCAGGAUAUCAGUCUCCCCUCCCACCAACUGCUUAUUCACUCCUCCGCAACCCACAUCUCUAUCCGUGAUCUCAAUGCCACCAAUAUCUCUCACUUGGUCCGAAUCCCAGGUAUUGUGAUCGGCGCUUCGACUAUUUCGUCCAAAGCGACCGCAGUCCACAUUCGCUGCAAGAAUUGCGACCAUAGUGAAAAUAUUACCGUCGACGGUGGCUUCUCUGGACUGACGCUCCCCCGACGUUGCGGUCGUGCAAAGGUCCCUGGUGACCAACCGGACGAACAAUGCCCUCUCGACCCCUACGUGGUUCACCAUGAGAAGUGCCUUUUUGUGGACCAGCAGGUUCUCAAGCUUCAGGAGGCUCCCGACCAGGUGCCGGUGGGUGAAUUGCCCCGCCAUGUGCUGAUUUCCGCCGACCGAUACUUGGCGAACCGCGUUGUCCCCGGUUCUCGCUGCACUGUGAUGGGAAUUUUCUCCAUCUAUCAAGCCAAGGGCGGUAAGAAGGAGGCUGCCGUGGCUAUUCGCAACCCUUAUCUUCGGGCAGUGGGCAUCAACACCGACAUGGAUCAGACUGCCAAGGGCAAUUCUGUCUUCAGCGAGGAGGAGGAGCAAGAGUUCUUGGAGCUCAGCCGCCGGCCAGAUCUGUACGAUGCUCUUGCCCGAAGCAUCGCCCCGUCCAUCUAUGGCAACCUCGACAUGAAAAAGGCCAUUGUCUGUCUGCUGAUGGGUGGUUCCAAGAAAAUUCUUCCGGAUGGAAUGAAGCUUCGUGGUGAUAUCAACGUGCUCAUGCUUGGUGACCCCGGAACUGCCAAGUCUCAACUGUUGAAGUUCGUUGAAAAGGCUGCCCCUAUCGCCAUCUAUACUUCCGGAAAGGGUUCCUCAGCAGCCGGUUUGACGGCCUCUGUCCAGCGAGACCACACCACCCGCGAAUUCUACCUGGAAGGCGGUGCCAUGGUUCUGGCAGAUGGCGGUGUGGUAUGUAUUGACGAGUUCGACAAGAUGCGUGACGAGGACCGAGUAGCGAUUCACGAAGCCAUGGAGCAACAGACUAUCUCUAUUGCCAAGGCCGGUAUCACAACGAUUCUGAAUUCCCGGACAUCUGUUCUAGCCGCGGCCAAUCCAGUCUUUGGCCGUUAUGAUGAUCUCAAAACCCCUGGCGAGAACAUCGAUUUCCAGACCACCAUUCUGUCCCGUUUCGAUAUGAUCUUCAUUGUACGAGAUAACCACGAGCGUGGCCACGACGAAAGAAUUGCCCGCCACGUUAUGGGUGUGCACAUGGGUGGCCGUGGUAUGGAGGAGCAAGUCGAGGCUGAGAUUCCCGUCGACCAAAUGAAGCGCUACAUCAGCUACUGCCGCAGCCGCUGUGCCCCUCGUCUCUCCCCUGAGGCCGCCGAGAAGCUCUCUUCGCACUUCGUCUCCAUCCGCAAGCAAGUGCACCGCGCAGAACUGGAGUCCAACACCCGCUCCUCAAUCCCCAUCACCGUCCGCCAGCUGGAAGCCAUCGUCCGUAUCACCGAGUCCUUGGCCAAACUUUCUCUCUCCCCCAUCGCCACAGAGGCCCACGUUGACGAGGCCAUUCGCCUCUUCUUAGCAUCCACCAUGGACGCAAUAACCCAAGGCGAGGGCCAAGGCAGUAAGGAGCUCAUGGAAGAAGCGAGCAAGAUCGAGGACGAGCUCAAGCGCCGCCUGCCGCUGGGCUGGAGCACCAGCCUGGCGACGCUCCGCCGCGAGUUCGUUGACGGCAAGGGAUACACCGAGCAAGCACUCAAUCGGGCCCUAGUUGUCUUGCAGCGGCGGGAGACGGUGCAGAUCCGUUCUGGUGGCUCGCAGAUCUACCGGAACAAGCCUUAA